AUGCCCAAAUUUUGCCUCAAUGAUUCAGAGAAUCGUGCUCCUCCCAUUAUGAAACAUCCCCAACGCGCCCCCGCAGCCGGAUGGAGCUCCUUCCCAUCAGAAGGGCACCGAGCACGCCACCCGUGCGGCUCUACCCCCGAUGGGAAAGAAGGGGGCAGCGGCGGGGGCCAGGAGCACCCCUCCCUCCGCCGCGCCGCCGCCCAGCGGGACGCCCCCGGCCCCUCCAGCGGCGGCGGGGGGCACGGCGAGGCCGCCCCCACGACCACCAGAGGGCGCCCGCCGCCGGCUCGGCCCCCGCCUGCCCCCUCCCCGCCGCCCGGGGCCGCACAAGUUGAGCAAGUUUCCGUGCCUCGCCCCGCACGCCGCGGCCCCCCGCCCGCCUCCCCGGCUUCUCCAUGCCGUGUUCCCCGCGGCUUCACCCCCGUCUUACCCGCAGCGGUGUCCGGCAGCGUCCCCCCUCCCCCGGUGCUGGCUCCGGGGCGAGGCGAGGGUCCCGGUGAGCGCGGCCUGGAGCGCGGGGCCAGCCCCGUCCGGGGGGGCGGCGGCGCGCUGCGCCGGCCCCUCUCGGCUCGGCUCGGCUGGGCUUGGCUCCGGCCCUUUCCGCCUUGCCGCUACUUUUCCCCCGGGCUGGCUGCAACUUCGUGUCCGAGCCCUCCCACAGCGGCUCCCGGAGGAGGGGGCGGCGGAUCGGCGGAGCCCUCCCCGCGGAACAGGGACGGGAACAGGGACGUGCCGGUCCUCCGCGGAAGCCGCGCUCCCGGCUGCUCCUCUUCCCUGCGACUGCGUGAGCCGCUCGCCGAGCCGUGCCGUGCCGUGCUCCCGCAGCGGAUGGCACCGCCGCCCCUGCGCCUCGGCAGCCGGCUGCCAGCUGAGCGCGGCGGGCACGCCCGGGGUAUGAUUCCUAACACAGAGAAUGCUGAGAAUGCUGCAGUGACAAAUACAGUAAGAAAGGCUUAUUUCUGGAGCCUACUCUCACUGUGGCUGCUGAUGGUACCCAGAACACCCACUAAACCUUCUCCAGGACUGGGGUGCUGUGCAUUAUUACAUGGGUGCAAGAGGUGUUGGGAACACUCCCUCAUCACAGAGUGCCAGUGAUGUACAGGCCCUUGACUAUAGUACGUCUCUUUGAGAUGAAUAGCUUUACUUUAUCCUCCACUCCACAAGCAAGCAGCCAAACAAAUAAUAACUGCCUUGUAUUUUCCUCUCCUCCCUCUUUGAACCCUGCCCCAAGAUCCAUCUGCACUGGCAUUGCUAUAAUGUAACAAAACACAUGAAAAUUAUUUUGUCAAGGAAUACACUUAAACCCAAGUAUGAACAGACUAAACUAUUUAAUUUAAGAGGUACAUGCACUGUUUCAGAGAUGAGAUUUGCAGAGCCAACUAUAUUUCACCACUGAAAAGGAAAAGGAAAAGGAAAAGGAAAAAAAAAAAGAAAAA